AUGUCGCUCGGCGAUGCUGCCAAUCAUAAAGCCAACGAGGCCUUCGAUCAUAUCCCCGUCAUAGAUCUUGGUGCGGCAAAGUCUUCCGAUUCUGACCAGGUGAAGCUCCUAGCGAGUCAUAUCCGCGAAGCAUGCGUGUCUGCUGGAUUUUUCUACGUCAAAAAUCAUGGUAUUCCAAAGGAAGUCAUAGAUAAAGCGCUUAGCGUCGCGUCAAGGUUCUUCUCCCUGCCAUCCGAGGCGAAAGAGAAGCUUGACAUGGCAAAGAGUAAGAACUUCAAAGGAUACCACAACGUCUUGUCCUCGAACAACGAUCCGAUGAAUCGCGGCGACCUUCACGAAGGUUUCGAAUUCGGAUGGGAGGAAUUGAUACCCAAAGUCGACGAUAAAAAGCGGCAAAAUGAUGGUGCGAUGGCCGGCGCGAACGUAUGGCCUUCUGAGGAAGAGGUGCCGUACUUUCGUGAGUCACUUCUGACGUAUUACCACGCUGCUGUGGGGCUUGGGCAGCUGUUGUUUCCACUUCUCGCAAUUGCGAUGGAUCUCCCCAAGGACUUCUUUUCUGAUAAAACCCGAAACUCAGCAGCGCUGAUGAAAGUGUUACACUACCCUCCCCAGACCGGCGACGUCGAUGAUCGCGUCAUCGGAAUUGGUGCCCACACAGAUGGACCUGACGUCAUAAUUAAGUGUUCGCCUGCUCCUUCACAGUGCUUCACCAUUCUAUGGCAGCAGCCAGGCAUUCAAGCGCUACAAGUGCUGAACCCAGAGCACCAGUGGAUCGACGCCCCGCCCAUCGAGGGUACCUUGGUCGUCAAUCUAGGUGAUCAACUCGCGCGAUGGACAAACGAUGUCUUCAAGUCGACAAUCCAUCGAGCCAUCAAUCGCAGCGGUGUCGAGCGGUAUUCCAUCCCACUCUUUUUCGGCGUCGAUUACAACGUUCCGCUGGAACCGGUGCCCUCCUGCGUAUCAAAGGAGCGGCCCUCCAAGUACAACACGAUUUUGGCUGGGGACUACAUCAAAUCCAAGUUCGAGGAAACGUACGGGUACAGUACGAAGUAA